AAGAAUUUAGUGCAUCAUCAACCUAAGCUAUGCAAAGUAGUGCAGCACAUCAUAUAGUGAAUCCCACAAUAAAAUCUUAUUAUUGAUUUCGAAGAAAUGAAUUCUUUUUCAUUUCUAAGGAUUAUCUGUUUCUUCAGCAUAAUCCUUACUGCUUUUAGUCGUCCUCAAUUCAAUAUUGGAGUAAUUUUUGAAAAUGCCAACAGUACAGGUGAAAUAGCAUUUCGUUCAGCUGUUGAUAGAGUCAACAUCCAUGAAAGAAGUUUCGAGUUGAUACCUGUAUUUGAAUAUGUUCGAAUUGAAGAUAGUUUUUUGGUGGAAAAAGCUGUGUGUAACCUCUUGUCAAAAAGUGUGAUUGCUAUUUUUGGUCCUAAUAAUGCUGAGGGAACAGGAAUUGUUAGUUCGAUAUGUAACACAUUGGAUAUUCCGCACAUAUUAUUCGAUUGGUCGCCGACGGAAAAUUUACUUGAUCGACAAUUUUCUUCGAUGACAUUGAACGUUCAUCCUGAUAACUUGGUGCUGGCAAGGGCAAUUGCAGAUGUCGUUGCCGGCCUUCAAUGGAGGAGUUAUACUAUAAUUUAUGAAAGCGAAAAAGAACUAAUGCAACUUCAAGAUGUUAUACAAAUUCAUGAUCCAAAAAGUAAUCCAACAACUAUUCGACAAUUGGGUGAAGGUCCCGAUCAUAGACCAUUUUUAAAGAGUAUCAAACUUGAAGGUGAUUCCUGUAUAAUUUUACAUUGUUCUCCCGAAAAUGUUAUACAUAUUUUAAAACAAGCUGAUGAAUUAAAAAUGCUUGGAGAAUAUCAAAGUGUAUUUAUACCAUUAUUGGAUACACAUACAUUUGAUUUUGGAGAAUUACAAAAUAUUGCUGCAAAUCUAACAACAGUACGUAUUAUGGAUCCAACAGAUUUUCAUGUGAAAAAUGCUGUACACGAUUGGGAGGAGCGUGAGAAACGUGAAGGUCGUUAUUAUAAAAUACUUACCACACAGGUUCAGACUAAUAUGCUUUUAAUAAGUGAUGCCGUUUGGGUAUUCGCUAAAGGCCUGGCAGAACUUGGUAUUGCAGAAGAAUUAAGUCCUCCCAAAGCUGAAUGUCGUAAAAAUAGACCUUGGCCUUUUGGAAGGAGGAUUGUUGAAUUCAUAAAAGGACGUUCUGAAGAAGCCACAACAGGAAAAAUAAACUUUAACGAUCAUGGACAGAGAAACUUUUUUACCCUUCGGGUUCUAGAAUAUUCAAAUAAUGGAUUUUUAGAUCUUGCCUUAUGGGACACUGUUAACGGUUUGGAUACUGGUGUUGAUGAAGAUGUAAAUGCACAACGUGUGGGAGAAAAACUAGCGAAUAAGACUUUCAUUAUAACGUCUCGAAUUGGAGCUCCAUUUCUUUUGAAAAGAGAACCCAAUGAAGGAGAAACCUUAGAAGGCAAUGCAAGGUAUGAAGGGUAUUCAAUGGAUCUAAUUGAUCGUAUUGCCCAACUUCUUGGUUUUAAAUAUGUGUUUGAAUUAGCACCGGAUGGAAAAUAUGGCUCAUACAAUAAAUUAACAAAGUCAUGGGACGGUCUAGUUAAACAACUGCUGGAUGGAAAUGCAGAUUUAGGAAUAUGUGACUUAACUAUGACAUCGUCUCGUCGAACUGUUGUCGAUUUCACUCCACCAUUUAUGACCCUUGGCAUUAGUAUAUUAUAUGCAAAGCCUGAAAGUCCACCACCUGAUUUGUUUUCAUUUCUGUCACCUUUCUCACUGGAUGUUUGGAUUUACAUGGCAACGGCUUAUACAGGCGUGUCUCUGUUACUGUUUGCUUUGUCAAGAAUGGCACCGGCUGACUGGGAGAAUCCACAUCCAUGCAAAGAAGCUGAAGAAGUAGAGAAUAUAUGGACAAUUAUGAAUACAACAUGGUUGACAAUGGGCUCAAUUAUGGGUCAAGGAUGUGAUAUUCUUCCAAAGUCGGCGUCAGCUCGUCUAGCAACUGGAAUGUGGUGGUUUUUCGCUCUUAUGAUGCUGAAUUCCUAUACAGCUAAUUUGGCUGCGUUUUUAACAAUGUCCCGCAUGGAUAGUUCAAUUGAAAGUGCUGAAGAUUUGGCAGCUCAAAGUAAAAUCAAAUAUGGAGCUGUCACUGGUGGGAGUACCAUGGGAUUUUUCAGGGAUUCAAAUAUGAGUACUUAUCAAAAGAUGUGGGCAGCAAUGGAGUCUGCUCGACCCUCAGUUUUUACAAAGAGCAAUGACGAAGGUGUUGAGCGAGUCCUCAAGGGCAAACGACUAUACGCCUAUUUGAUGGAAUCAACGACCUUAGAGUACAUUGUUGAAAGGAAAUGCGAACUUAUGCAAGUUGGCGCUUGGCUAGAUUACAAAACUUAUGGAAUAGCUAUGCCUUUCAAUUCACCAUACCGAAAACAGAUAAGUAAAGCAGUAUUAAAACUAGGCGAAUCUGGAACAUUGGCCGAGUUAAAACGCAAAUGGUGGAAGGAGAAACACGGUGGUGGACGUUGUUCACAAAUGGCAGCAGGAAGUGCUGAUACACCCGAAUUGGGUGUUGAAAAUGUUGGUGGUGUAUUUCUUGUAUUAGGUCUUGGCUUACUUUCAGCUUUAACUAUUGGAUUGGUGGAAUUUUUAUGGAAUGUCAAAGAAGUUGCUAUAAAUGAAAAGAUAUCCCUUAUGGAAGCAUUAAAAUUAGAAACAUUAUUUGCUGUGCAAUUUUGGAUAACAACCAAGCCCGUUCGACAAAGUAGUGGUAGUUCAUCAUCGUCAUCGAAAUCAAAAAGUUCAUCAAAAUCGGGCAGCUCUCAAGGAAGUGUUAAUAGUGAUGGCAAAACUGUUAGCGAUAAAUUAAGGAAGAUAAGUUCAAUGUUUUCGUUGAAAUCUUUAAGAAGCAAUAAUGCUGCAGGAGAUAGUGAAGAACAUCAUCACAUAAAAGAAAGUGAACAUCACCACAGAGACAGGGACAGUAAAAUUAGCAAAAAUGGCAAAAUUGCUAAUCAUCAUGUUUAAAAAGGAUGUUUAAAAGCUUUGAAGAAAAGAUAUAUUUGACAUUGAGAUUUCACCUAUAUUUUAAGUAUUAAAUUAUUAUGAUGUUUGUAUCCUUAAACCUAAACCAUACUUUCUAAUACCUUAACAAUUUGUAAUUUAAAGUACAUAUUUUCUUCCCAAAUAAAGACAAAAUUUACUAUAUUUUCUCAAA